CCGGGCAACAUGGCGCCGAGGCGGGCUUCCGAAGACGAGCCGGGUCCGCUCCCGUCGGUUCUGUUCUUGCACCCGGACUUGGGCGUGGGCGGCGCCGAGCGGCUGGUGCUGGACGCGGCGCUGGCGCUGCAGGCGCGCGGCUGCCGCGUGAGGAUCUGGACGGCGCAUUACGACCCGGCCCACUGCUUCUCCGACAGCCGCGACGUGCCGGUGCGUUGCGCGGGGGACUGGCUGCCGCGCAGCCUGGGCUGGGGCCGCCGCGGCGCCGCCGUGUGCGCCUACGUGCGCAUGAUCUUCCUGGCGCUCUACGUGCUGUUCCUCGGCGACGAGGAGUUCGACGUGGUCGUGUGUGACCAGGUGUCUGCUUGUAUCCCCAUGUUCAAGCUGGCCAGGCGGCGCAAGAAGAUCCUGUUUUAUUGUCACUUCCCAGAUCUGCUUCUCACGAGACGGGAUUCCUUUUUGAAACGACUCUACAGAGCCCCCCUCGACUGGCUUGAGGAACGCACCACAGGCAUGGCUGACUGCAUCUUGGUUAACAGCCAGUUCACAGCUGCCAUUUUUAAGGAGACAUUCAAAUCUUUGUCUCACAUAGACCCCAGUGUCCUCUACCCAUCUCUGAAUGUGACUAGCUUCGACUCAACCAUUCCGGAGAAACUGGAUGAUCUUAUCCCCCAGGGAAAGAAAUUCCUGUUUCUCUCUAUCAACAGAUAUGAACGGAAGAAGAACCUGGCAUUGGCUCUGGAAGCCUUGGUAAAGCUGCGAGGAAGAUUGGCGGCCCAAGAUUGGAACAAGGUUCAUUUAAUAAUGGCAGGUGGCUAUGAUGAAAGAGUCCAGGAGAAUGUGGAGCACUAUCAGGAGCUGAAGGCCAUGGUCCAGCAGGCUGAGCUGGGACCAUUCGUGACCUUCCUGCGCUCUUUCUCAGACCAGCAGAAAAUCUCCCUCCUUCAUGGCUGCACGUGUGUGCUCUACACUCCCAGCAAUGAGCACUUUGGCAUCGUUCCACUGGAGGCCAUGUACAUGAGAUGCCCAGUCAUCGCUGUCAAUUCAGGAGGUCCCCUGGAGUCCAUUGUCCACAGUGUCACAGGGUUCCUGUGUGAGCCUGACCCCCUGCACUUCUCAGAAGCAAUAGAGAAAUUUAUCCAGGAGCCUUCAUUAAAGGCCACAAUGGGACUGGCUGGAAGGGCCAGAGUGAAGGAAAAGUUUUCCUCUGAAGCCUUUACAGAACAGCUCUAUCAGUAUGUCACCAAGCUACUGGUUUGAUCAGAUUGUUUUAAGGUCUUGAUGCCAUAUUUAUUUAUACCAUUUUUACUGCUGGUAGCUCCAGUUCUUUGAUACCAUUAAGGAAACCCAGAAUCUAGUGCCUAUAUUAAUAGAGGACUGGCCAAGGCUAGUAUUUCGAGUAGAGCACUUGCCUUGCCCAUAGUCUAUUCCUAGCAGUCCAUAUGGUUCCCUGAGCAC